GGUACUGGCACGAAGAUAUUUACUAUGGUAUUAUUAACAAAAAUACGAAUACCUCAUAUUAUUAUUAUUAUCAAAGAUUAUAAAAUAUAUUAUCCGUCAUUCAUCCGUACACAAUAUUUAUUAAUUUUAUUAAAAUAUUAUUUAGUAUAUUUUACUAUUUUACUAUUUGCCUACAUUGCCACAUUGGCUGCAGUAUUUGUUAUUAUGAAAGUGGAGAGUAUUAAUGCUAAAAUAUUUUAAUUAAUCUGUUAGUUUAAAUGUUCAAUUUACAAGACAUUCAUUUUUCAGUUAUUUUAAAAUAUUUGUUUUGAGUGUAUGUAACCAAUUUACUACUUUUAAUGUUAUGCCGUUAUGGUUAUUGACAUUUAACAUGAUUCUAUUAUAGUAUCAUUAUAUAAUUAACAAAUGUAUUUAAUCUAUAAUAAUAUAAAACCAGUACUUAGUACGUUUAAGUAUAUUUUCAUUGUUUCAUACUUUCAUUAAAUAACCAAUGUUUAAAAAAGUAGGGAGUUUUGGUUUUACAUCUUUUAAAUAUUUUUGUGUUGCUCAUUGUAUAACAGAAUAUGUAGCAGAUAUAUUCUUAUGUUCAGGUGAUUCCAUGGAGCCAACUAUCUACUCUGGUGAUUUGGUAAUUAUUCAACGUUUCUCAAAGAUAAUCAAAAAUGUAGAUAAAGGAGAUGUAAUUAUUGCUAAGUCUCCUGAAGAAUAUAACAAAUUCAUUAUGAAGAGAGUGAAAGCUGUUGAUGGCCAAAUGGUUAGAAGAGGAAUAAAUUAUCAAGUGGUACCAAGAGGCUCAGUAUGGUUGGAAGGCGACAAUCAUACCAAUUCAACAGAUUCUUGGGAUUUCGGUCCUGUACCUAAAGGAUUAAUACAUGGACGAGUUGUUUGUCGAAUUUGGCCUAUAUCACAUUUCUCUAUGAAAAUUUGAUGACAUACCUUAUGUAGUAAUUAAGAAGCACAAUGUAAUAUAAAUGUAAUAAAACGUUCAUGUUGAUGUUAGUAAAAAUUAAAAAAAAAAAAACUAAAUCCUCAAUAA